UGAGAGAUGAAAAUACUUACACUAAAUACAGUCCAAAUAAUAUAAUUUAGUACUGGACCAAAGUUGACUAAAGUGAAUAUGCGCAUUAGUUAUAAGAAAGAAGAAACUGUUUCCCUACGAUCUGGUUACCAUCGUUUGUUUAAUCAAUUGAAGGCUCAAGGGCACCACUGUGUUCAUCAUAGCAAAGCUCCGACAAUAACUAAAACAAAAGCGCUCAAAAAUAUUUUCCAUUAUGAACGACUGUGAGAUUGAAUGCUUGAAAACUGAAUUGGAGCAUGAGAAAACUUGCAGAGAAUCAGCAGCAUGGCAGAAUGGGGAACUGGAGAAGCAAAUAGUCUCGAUACAGGACGAACUCCGCAAGACCGACUAUACUUGGGACCAUGAUGAUGACUUGAUGAAGGAGAGCGCGAGGCAUAAGGUGUUCCAGGAUACUAUAGAGACGCUGAGGGAACAAUUACCAGCAUUGAAGGAGAAGAUCAAAAAAGCUAAGAUCUGUGGAGCAGAUUGUAAAUUAAAGCACGAUGAUCUGAAUAUUAACCUGGAUAUUCUUACACCGGCAGAAUUACUGAGAACGGUCAAGAGAUUUGAGCGUCUCAAAACCGACUUGAUAAGCACCCUGCGAAGUAAAGAGUGGCGCUUAGACUCGGAAUCUAAGUUGUUCGUGAGAGUGAACGACCAAAGAACCUACUUGCAGAACGAGCUAUUGAUAAGCCAGAAUAAUAUCUUGAGACUGCAGAAGAAUAGCAGCUACUGGCAAAACGUCGCCAGAAAGAGCGACGAGCGAGUGCUGGACCCAAAGCGAGGACCUAUAAAGAAGAUGAUCGGCAACGAGCGACUCGCCCCUAUCGCUACCUAAUGCAAUUAUUAUUAACGCACUUGUAGAGUUUAUUUUCUUACAAAUACUUAGUAUUAAUCUAGAUGCUAGAUGUACCUGUGUGUAUCUUUUUAGGGUGGUUAAAGAAAAGUAGAAGUCGGCAGGCAGUGCAACAAGUAGACUACUUCAUCAAAGCAAUAAAAUAAGAAUUACGUUUGUAGAUCCUAUUUAAGUUAAAAAAAAACAAAAAGGAGUUUAAUUAUGCAUCAGGGACACCAUUAAUUAAGGACGUACGAAAGUAUUUACUCUUAGUUUUCAUGACCCGCGAAAUGGGAAUGUAUUAUUUAUUAGGUUUUAUAAUAGUUAUUCAGGCACUUACUAAUGCUAUUUUAGUCACAAAGCUACUGUAACAGUAUAUAUAUUUAACUGUCAGAUCUGAUGAUGAUCAGAUUCUUCUACGUAUAUUCGUCUGAAUAACUACUGAGGGAAGCACCAAACGCAAACCAAUCGAAUGUCUUUGGAAUACGAUUGCCCUUAUAUUAGUAGCAGAAUGCCCGAUAUGUUAAAGCUGCUAUUGUGAUCAUAUUGCGAUUCAACUUCUAUUCGAUUUUGACAUUAUUAACUUAGGAGAAUCGGGCCGCAGCAGCGCUAUGAUGGCAACGAAAGCAUAAGUUGCCACUGCCAUUAGUUAAAUCUGUCUAGUUAUAAAGCAAUCAAUGAAUUUACACUCUAGUUUCUUAGAUUCAUAGACGGCAAGCAAGAACUUAAAUUGAUUUUUACAGCUUUUUCCUCUUGUUAAGAGUAUUUUUGAACGUUAAAGUCAUUGUAAUAAUUAUAACUGGAUACUCAAGAUUUGUUUCAUAAUGGCAACUACCAGAUCAAUUCAUGAUUUAAAUGCAGUUUUUACUUUUCUUAUAUUUCUGGUAGAAUGUAAAAUAUUUAGAUAAAAAUAAAGGGAAUAUAUUCACAAACAUUUUUGUUAAGUAAUUAACACGUAGACUAAAAUAAAAAGUAGAAAAUUAA